AGGAUGUCAUCCGAUUCAGCAAUGUGCGGAACCUCAUGGGAGUUCUUUUCGCGGUCAACCCAGAAGUAGCUGAUGAUCUCCAGUUCAACUUUCUCGAGAGAUCAGUUCUGCUGAUUGGAGUAAGUUCAGAGACCACACCCCGUGACCUGACGACGAGAUGCUUUGGCGGUAGAGAUGUGGAGGCGGCCGUGAUGAUUCGGGACCCCGAGACCUCCGAGCGUGUGGGCAUGGUGGUGUUUGCCGAGGCCGGAGAUGCUACCGUUGUCAAGAACAGGCAACCUAUGCCCAGGUUAUACAGGACAUGCAUUCUUGCAAACUCUGUCAAUCAUGUGCACCAGGCUGUGCUGGAGGGAUCAGAGGAUCGUGAGAGAAGGAAGGAGACUUCUGCCACCAUGCGGUCACUGAUUCCUCCACAGUAUCUUCAGAGUGGUGAUUCUACGGAUUUUCACCUUCGGUGCUUACUCCUCAAGAACUCGAGUCUGGUCGACCUGUCUCAAGGACUGCACCACCUUUGCUGCGUCGCUGAAGAGAAGUUGCAGGUCUCCGGGAGGCUCUGUGCUGCCGUGGUGAGCGAGGUGCUGGAUGCUGCGAUUCUGGUGUACGAUGAUUCACAGAGCACGGACAAGGCUUACCGCAGCGCGUCGCGCUUGCCCGCGGGAUCCCUGAGACUGUAUGAUUCAUCCCUCUUCCCGAUGCCCGCCGGCAAGGUUGUCACCAGAGUGUCCGAUCAGGUGCCCGAGCGAGGUAUGCUUCCGGAGCUAUUCACCAAGCCAGAGUACUUGGGGCGGGUAGUGUCGCUGAGAGGGAUUGAUGCUAAUAAAUGGGACGCCCGGGAGCUCGUCUACUACCUUACUGGUUGCAAAUUGGAAGCUCUCUAUAUUCACCGAGCCGAGCGUAAAGUGUUCGCCGUGUUUGGGAGUCAGAGCGAUGUUCAUCUGGCGCGGCUGCACAAGCCAAGAGCAUGGGGUAAACUCUGCGGGUGGCGUCUCAGGUUCGAGGAUCUGGACGAGGCGUGUUUCCAGCAGACAGUGCCGGCUCCAGCACCACCAGAGCAGAAGCCUUACCCUGGAGUGCCUAAAGAAGCAAUCAAGUUAGCGAAGAGGUUGACGAGGCUAAGCAUCUCACACUGCAGCUCUGGUGAUACCAAGGGGAUUGCUGAAGGGUUGAUCAGGCUUGCUGCCGUGUCCAAACCUGAUGUUCUUCUGCGCAAGGAUUUCGCAGACACAGUGGUGCUUCUGAUGGGGAUAGAUGCUGGUACCAUUAAGCCAGACCUGCGCUCAGAGCUGGUGAAUGCAUUUGGUGAGGUCGACUUGCUGCGUUUGCACAACGAGCAGGGAGUAGCGCUGGCUGUGUUCAAGUCACAGACUGCAGCUGCCAAGCUACAUCAGCAGCCUGCUGAGACCUUGAGGCGUUUUGGCGUCGAUCGCUGCGAGCCUAUCCCAGGAGAGUUGGACGUGGCGGCCCUUGUCAUCGGCACAUCUGAGAUGGUACGCAGCUUCGGAGAGACCUACGGUAGGGUGGUGAGUUACGUGGACUCUCGUUCAGCUUCUGCAGGGACAUCCUCGGGAGAUUGAUGGAAGUGCCCGCCCUUCUGAAUUGAUUGGUGCAAGCCCUUGUGAAACAAUUGGUUGUAAAUUCUUUCAGGAUGUCUCUACAUGAUCAUGGUGUUAGAAACUGCUGUUGCAAGUUGGUAUGUAACUGCUGUCAGCACUAACUGGAAUGGAAUA